AUGAAUAUUGAUCUUGCUGAUGCUCUUGAAAUUGCCUCUGAAAGAAGACAAAAGAAGUUGAAGUAUAGUGCUCAAUGGAAUAGUCAACAUCGGCGCUAUGAUGACUCAAUGAACGAGGCAAUCAACAACAAUAACACAACCGUGUCUGACUCCGGUUGUUUAGUUUUUCCUCCUUCUUUUGACACUAAUCAUGUUUUACCAUCAGUUGUCAGCAAACCAACUGCAUCAACAGACAAUGAAACUGCCGAUGAAGACGAUCUUUUUUACAAUGAUGAGGAUAUGAAUACAUCACUUGAAUUAAAUGAUAUUUCUGAAAGUGAUGAAUGCUCCACACCUUCACCAUUAGAAAAUAUCAAACAACGAUUACAUCCCUUUACAGAUGUUUCUUUAGAGGCAUUCUCAUAUGAAUUCCUUCAUCUGUUAAGAAAAUCAAACAUUAGCAAAACACAUGCCCAAGAUUAUCUGACUCUCAUCAAAAAUAUUUUACCACAACCGAAUUCACUACCAAAUAACAUGAUACAACUAUAUCGACAACUCGGCAUUAACGAAAAUUUGUUUACAAAACGUAUUGUAUGCCGAAAUUGUUUAUUAAAUAUAUCCUCCACAAAUAUAGCUUGUCCUCAAUGUGGAGUAUGUGAUGAAUCACGACAGGCUUUUAUUUAUGAUGUCGACAUACAACUAGUUAUUUCUUCUAUAAUUAAACGUAUGUCAGCUGUUAUUGAAGAAUAUAAAAUUCGUAUAAGAUCAAUGGAUGAUAACAUGCUCUGCACUGAUAUCCCGUUCAGCUAUUUGUAUCAACAGAUGCUAAAGCGUUUUAAUCAUGAAAAUAUUAUCAGUCUUAUGUUCCAUUUAGACGGCAUGAUACUUUUCGAUUUUUCUCCUUUAACUGUGCAUCUAUAUGAUUUAUCAUUUAGGCAUCGGACUAUGCAAAUCAACUAA